ACAUUUUCUGUCACAUACAACCGAAAAUGAGCUGGCCACGAUCCGAUUUAAUGAUAAAAUAUUAUAAAAAAAAAGCAAAUACAAUAGUCGGUACUAAUUACAGCGCUUUAGUGGGCAGUGAGCUUGGACUAAGUACGCUUUAGUCACGGAUCGAACGCCAUGCCACACGCGAUUUGGUUUCUAGCAGUCCUCGGGGCUUACUCGCUCGAAAGGUCUAUGGUUUUGGGUGGAUUCUUCGAGGAUAACUUUCCAGCGAGUGUGAUCGAGGAUGCCCACCUAAACACGAUACAACUUUUGGAGAAGUACAAGCACCCUGCGGAAACCCACCAGGUGACCACGGAAGAUAAAUACAUUCUCACCCUUCAUCGUAUUCCCCGACCUGGUGCUAAGCCAGUUUUAUUGGUUCAUGGCUUGGAAGACACCUCUUCCACAUGGAUUGUAAUGGGUCCGCACAGUGGCCUGGGUUACUUUCUGUAUGCCAACGGUUACGAUGUCUGGAUGGGCAAUGUCAGGGGAAAUCGCUACUCCAGAGGCCAUAUGAAACUCAAUCCCAAUUCGGACAAGGCCUAUUGGAGCUUCACGUGGCACGAGAUUGGGAUGUACGAUCUACCAGCCAUGAUUGAUUAUGUUCUGAAGAAAACGGGAUCGCAGAAGCUAAGUUACUUCGGUCACUCCCAAGGAACAACCUCGUUCUUCGUGAUGGCUUCCAGCAGACCCGAGUAUAAUUCUAAGAUCCAUCUGAUGAGCGCCUUGGCCCCUGUGGCCUUUAUGAAGCAUAUGAAGGCUCCACUAAUGGGUAUGGCCCGGAUGGGCUUCAACAUGUUUGGUACAAACUUUGAGCUAUUUCCGCACUCCUUCUUGUAUCUCAACCAGUGUGUUUCAUCAGCGUCCAUGCUGAAGACCUGUUUGCGCUUCUACUGGCAGAUUGUCGGAAAAAAUCGGGAGGAGUUUAAUAUGACCAUGUUUCCUGUGGUGUUGGGUCAUAUUCCAGGCGGUUGUAAUGUUAACCAACCCCUUCACUACAUUCAGCUGCAGAACUCGGAUAGGUUCUGUCAGUACGAUUAUGAACUCAAGGAGAACCAGAAACUUUACGGACGUCCAACUCCUCCGGAAUACCGUCUGGAAAAGAUCAGCGCUCCAGUGGCCUUGUAUUAUGGCAGUAAUGAUUUCCUAUCGGCUGCAGAGGAUGUUCAAAGGUUGGCUAAAAUGCUGCCCAAUGUGGUAGAGAAUCAUUUGAACCGUAAAUGGAAUCACAUGGACAUGAUCUGGGGCAUAAGUGCUAGGAGUUCGAUACAGCCCAGGAUGCUGCAGGUGAUGCAGUACUGGGAAGAUGGUGGAGGAACCAAAGGUGUCACCACAGGACCUCCGGUCGAAGAGGAAGUGCCUCAAGCGACUACCGAGUAUCAGGUUGAAGGGAACACCGAAGAGAGCGAAGAAGUUGGUAGUAUUGCUGGAAAUGAGGAGCAACGAGAAAAGGAUCAGGAAGACAGUGAUCUGGGAAAAGCAGUUACCAAUCCAACUUCCGAGCUGUAGAUUAUCUUUUAUAUAUUAUAUGGAAUAUUAAUACCCUUUAAAGUUAUAAUUGGUUUUACGGUUCAUUAGAAGAAUAAUCGGUUUAUAAUAAAAAGCAUUG